AUGGAAGAAAAAAUAAUACUAGAACGAACAGAAGAUCUACUCAAAAUCGCUGACAGAGAUACCAGAACAAAAGAGGUCGACAGCCUUUUUGAGGAAAUCAAGGACCAGUCGAAUGAAAUAAAAAAUGCAGCGAUUGAUACGUUUCUUGAUUACAUUUGGGAAACUGAUUUAGAGUCUUCGGAAGACACGAUUCUUCUUGGUGAGCCAGCUUCAGUAACCAGAGAACGAUUGGACUCGAUAAUGAAUUAUGUUAAGGAAAAAGAUUAUGUUGAUAGUCGCAUAUUAAAGACACGGCUCGAUCCCAACAUGCUUAAACGUAUUAGCCUUAUUGAGAAUCCAUCUGCAUUUGAAAGAAAAUCAGUCAGAAUAAAUACAUCGAUGCAAUACCGACAACAAAAAUACAACUUAUUACAUGAAGAAUCAGAAGGAUUCGCAAAACUGAUAGAAGAAUUGGCAGCAGCAGUCGGUCCACAGUAUCAGGAUGAAGAUGAAAUAGCUUUAAACAAACGUGCACAAAUUCUAUUAGAGCAUAUUAGUGCGUACAUUGGAUAUUUCAGACUGGACCCAAAUCGCGUUCUAGAUUUAAUACUGGAUGCAUUAAUUGAAAAUGUGAAGACGGAUUAUAAAAUCUUUAUAACGCUCUUGAAAAUAUCGCCAUGGGGUGAAAUUAACUCGGAUAAUGGUGAUGUGUUGAUGCUGGAUGCUCGAAGAGAGAUCGAUGGUAUUGAUGAAGAUAUAAAGCCAAGUAUUCUUGGGAAUCCGUUCAUCGGUCAACUUUUCGGACAUCGGUAUCAACGACAUUUUUCUGACAAUGUAGCAUUCGCUGAAAAGAACAUUGAACUAUUAAACUUAGCUUGCGCAAUAACUAUACACCAAAGAUUGACGUGUAUACUUGACGUGCUUCCUUAUCUGAAGGGGCACACAGAUGAGAUAAUAAUAGGAUUAUUGGAAAUUGGCGAUUUUCAAGAUGCAAAAUAUCCCAUAUAUUGUAAAGAUAACAUGAAACUCAGCAACGAGAUUCGAGAUCGACUUCGCACAAUAUUUGAAAUUGCUGUUAGGCCUGCUUAUAUAUCUGAAUGUGAUACAGGUAUAAAAAAACCUGAAUUGAAGAUACCGCAUUUCUACCACGAGAAAAAUGAAAUCAUCACGAAAUUUAACAAAGUCGAAGAAGUAACGCAAAAAGGAUACGAAUUAAUUCUGUUGAUCGGGACUGCAUUUGCGAGGGAUAUUCCAUCUUUAACCAGACUUAUUAGAGUUGGCAGAGCCCAGCUCAAAAAACUAAAUGACGAGAAAUAUCUAGAACCCGAAGAUCUCAAAAAGAACACGAGUGAAUUGAAGCAAAAGAUAAACGAAGCCAAACAAAAAAUCAAAAAUAAAUGGUAUAAAAUUUGUGCUAUGGUCAUACUACCCGGAAUUACAUUGACCGCAUUGAUAGCAGAAAUACCUUCACUCGUCGGAGAAGCGUGGGAUCUUUUGAAGUUGAUCAAUUUUGAAGAACGAUUUGCGCUAUAUGCAGAAUGGAAGAGAAUUUGCGAGAAUCCUGAUGAUGAAUUAAAACCUGCAAUCCGUAAAACUCAGGAAGUUAUUAAUUACGUGACACGUCGCAUCACUGAAGAUAAUUAUCGCGAUUUCAGUCGACAAAUUGGAAGAAGUUCGCAUCCAAAUCCAAUAGUAAUGUUCAAUACAUUACUUAGAUGGGUCAGAAAUCAUUCGAGUUUAGUGAUGCCAUUAGUCGAAUCCUGUAAAUAUCUGUCUUCGCUGUCUUUCGACGUGAUAAUAUAUUUAGUACUUGAAAGUUUGGCUUCAAAUAAUGACAAAGUCAAAGAAGAUGGACAAAAUUAUGCAAGUUGGCUAGUGAAUCUUGCUACGUUCUGUGGAAACAUAUGUCGAAAAUACGGGAACUUCUCAAUCGAAUCCAUACUCAAAUAUAUUUAUCUAAAGCUAAAGAGAUUAGAAGCCUAUGAUCUUAUCGUAUUGUCACAGUUGAUUGACGCAAUGGGCGGAAUCACAUCCACUGUUGGAGCUGUAGGAGUCUUGUCACCCAUGGAUAUAUCUAUAAAGGGAACAGGAGAUAAUAUUCGAAAAGAAAAGCUAUAUGGAUUCACUGAUAAAUCAAUUCGCAAGAGCUCUAGAAGGUUAGCUGAAGCGUUAACGAGAACUGGCUUGGCAAUACCAAUAGCUAUUGAGCUUGGCCGACUCAAACGUCAUUUCGCCGAAAAAGGGGACAAGGAUUUCCAUCAUAUAAAAUUGAUAAUUAAUGGCGUUGAUAGAUCUCAAGGAUUAUUCUUGCAAUACUGCGAAUUCCUUUCACUUCAUCUUUCACUCACCACCUACUCGAAUCGUGUGCCAUCCAUAAAAGAUUUGCGAAUUGAUAAUCGCCUUGAACCAGACGCUGCUUUUCGUAUCUGCCGCCGAAAAUUAUCUGAUUUGGUUGCUAAUCCACCUAAUGAAGCAACAGCAACAAAUAGUCAAGAAGGCUCUACAGAUAACAAUCAAUCUGAAAAUUCAUCCAUGUGGCAAAAGGGUUUAAUGGAGACAUAUGAACAAGUCAAGAAAACCUUACCGGCUCCAGUCUGGGAAAAAAUAAGCCCUGAAUUUUAUACGACGUUUUGGCAAAUGAGUCUUUAUGAUAUCAUAUAUCCUAAAGAAGUCUAUUCAAGUUAUUUAACCCAAUUAAAAAAACAAAUAAGCGAGAAUCAUCGGUCGAAACGUGAAAAAGAGAGAUUUACAAGCAUUCAAAAAAAGGUAGAUGAAGACCGAAUUGAACACGAAGCUCACUACGCUCGUGCUAAAGAAAGACUCAACAUUGAGAAAGAUCAUUGGUUCUCAAACCUUUUGGCGGAACGAAAGGAAAUUGUCAACGCCAUUUGGCAACACUGUCUAUACCCGCGGCUUUCCUCUUCGGCAGACGAUGCGCUCUACUGUGCGAAAUUCAUUGAACGAAUGCAUGAGCUAGGAACUGCAAAUUUCUCCACAUUGACAUUAUACGAUCAAAUCUUCACAGAAUCCGUUCAAAUAAUACUUUUCACAAUGACAGAACAAGAGGCGAGACAUUAUGGUCGCUUCUUAAACACUAUCCUAGAAUUUCUUUCAAAGCUUCAUGGUGAUGAAGAAGCUUUUAAACAAUAUGGACAAGGUGAGCAUGGACUACCUGGCUUCAUAAUGAAAUGGCCUACGCAAAACCGACAGGCUUUCGUUGUCUCCAAAACAGAUCUUAUUAAUUAUCAAGAAUUCCGUGAAGUAUUUCAUAAGUGGCAUUGCAAGCUUCGAACAGCUUUCAUCAAUGCUCUCGGAUCAAGUCAAUUCAUCGAAUAUCGAAAUGCUUUGAUCGCGCUGAGUUGCAUCAGUGACUAUUUCCCUGCGCUUAUACAGCAUGGAGAUGCUUUAAAAAAGAAGGUUGACGAAAUCGCAAAUAAAUCUGAACUUGAUGAAAUCAAAGUUCUUGCGAAAAGUUAUGUGGGGAUAUUACAGAAACGAGAAAAACUUUGGGUUCUAAAAGAAAAAUUUUAUACGCCAAAACAAGGUAGAAAAGGAGGAUCUAUACCUACUACAAAUUCUACCACUGCUGAAAGUUCAAAAACUGAUAAACAGACACCAUCUUCCCAAUCAGUAGCUCAACCUGCAAACACAUCAAUCGCUGAAUCAUCACAGUCACCUCAACCAGAGAAGAAACCGAUUUCAAGGGUUUCAAGUCCAAAACCACAAAUAUCGUUGACAUCCGCCUCUACAAAUCAACCAGUUUCAGCAUCAUCCCCUUCGUCCAAUCUUGCACCAAAGUCUGGUACAAUGGUUCAUCCAUUACCAAAGAAACCAAAACCAGAACAAAUUAAACCUGAAAAAUCUGAAACGCUGCGUGUUGAAGAACGUUCAGAUUCCCGGCGCGAAAGACCCGAAAGAGAACGAAGUCGUGAUCGAACUACGCGGAUACGAGCCCCUGAGGAAUCUCCAGACAAGAGAAAUCCUGCACCUAACGAAGAAAAAAGGGCGAGUGAACAUCAUCGUCGAGACAAGGAGCGAGUUAAUGAAAAAAUUAGGGAAGAAAAACCCAGAGAAACACAACGUUUAGAUGAACGCAGAGAAAUUCCGAGGGAUGAAAGAAGAUCUAACGAUAGAAGAACACAAGAAUCAACCUCUACACGACGUCAUGAAGAAACUGGUGGUAAUACUCGUCGCCCAGAACCUUCCCCACCUCGAAGAAGACCUCGUGAAGAUGAUAUAACCACAAGACGUCCAAAAACGCCAGUUGAGGAAAUGGAUUCAUCAAAUCGUAUUAGCCGUCAUGUUUCUUCGACUUCCACAAAAAGAGAACGGGAUCGUGAUGGCGAUAGCCCAAACUCUAAGAAAACUAAAACGGUCGUUUCAUCAUCAUCGUCACAUCAGCCAAUCUCAUCACCGAGAUCACCAAUAAAGCUGAACAGGUCUUCAUCGUCUUCAACAAAAAGUCAUAAUAACUUUGAAGGUACAUCUGGUCAAAUUAAGAGCUCGCUAUCGUCAUCGUCUCGUCAUCCCACGACUGAAGGAAGCAGCAGCAAACGGGAUCCACGAAGACUUGGAAGAAAUGCUGUUGCCAAUAAUAAUAACGCAUUAUUUUUGGAAGAAAAUCUUUCGAAUAUAUCAUUGACUGACGGCGGGGACCGUGAAACAACAUCAACUACUGUUAACAAUAUUAAACAAAAUUCAGAUAAUUCAAAUAUUGAUGCGGAUAGUGGUGAAAUAGAAGAUACUAAUGAAUAUGAAGUUAAAGAAAAAUCGAAUUUAUCUGAAGAUACUUCGGUAAUCGCUAUCUCAUCUAAAAAAGAACAUGACAAUAAUGAAGAAACAACACCACAGUUGCGACAAAGGCCUGGACGAACACGUCCAUCAGAUAUGGGAAAAAGAAUAACAAGCUGGUUCAGUUCAUUUUGGGUGCCACCACAUGACCCGGCUGAAAGUGCAGACACCAUUCCGGAUGAAGGUGAUCCCGAAUAUGCCCAUUUUAAACGAGGACACUUAGAUAGCAUUGAAAAUAAUUCAACAAUAGGAGCAGCAGAUUCUAGUAGUCGUGCAGCUACAAUAGAUGCUAGUAUUUGGUUGAUGGGUGUACGAUAUGAAGUUACCGAAAGAGCAUCAAGUGAAUCAAGCCGUUCUUUCUAUGAUCCUACGACAUAUUACUUUUCCCCUCCGGGAUCUUUUCCGCAUCUGCCUGGUCAACAGCAGCAGCUGAGUUUUGCAUCGUAUCCCAGUGAAUUUUACGAUGAUUUCACGUCAAGGAUAUGGUGCACUUAUCGACAUAAUUAUGCACCAAUACGACCAACAAAUUUCACGAGUGAUGCUGGAUGGGGGUGUAUGCUGAGAACUGGGCAAUCACUGUUAGCGAAUGCAUUAAUAAUUCAAUUCUUAGGCCGAGAAUGGCGGAGAGUUCGUAAGGGGGAAGAUACAUGGGGAACAUAUACACAGAUAUUGACUUGGUUCCUUGAUGAUAUGUCAUCGAUUUGUCCAUUUUCCGUUCACCGUGUUGCACUUUUGGGAAAACAACUCGGAAAGAAUAUCGGAGAAUGGUUUGGACCAUCGACUGCAUCACAGGCCAUAAAGGCGCUUGUUGAUAAUUUUCCCACUGCACAAUUAAGCGUUCACGUUUCAACAGACGGAGUUGUAUACAAAAAUGAGGUGUACAAAGCAGCACGAAAUAAUCAAAACCAUCAAGAAUUCCAGUCAGUUUUGAUUUUGGUGGCUAUUAAACUGGGCCCCAAUAAGCUUAAUCCAAUUUACUAUGAUGCGUUGAAAGCAUUCUUUCGAUUUCCAGAAAGCGUAGGAAUAGCAGGUGGAAAGCCAUCCUCGUCUUAUUAUUUUAUUGGGUCUCAAGGAGAUGAUCUGUUUUAUCUUGACCCACAUCAUUCACGACCAGUUGUUGAUUUAAAAGACAUUGAUGAAUUUACAGAUGAAGAAUUAGCCACUUUUCAUUGCGACACACUACGAAAAAUUCACAUAUCUCAGUUAGAUCCGUCGAUGCUACUCGGAUUCUAUUGUCGAGACGCCCAGGCAUUUGAGGAGUUUUGCGCGAGAGUCGAAGAGAUUGCACGAACGCAUAAACCAUCUGUUCUCACAAUAGCAGACGAGGAACCCGUAUAUGAUGACAGCAAUCCGGGGGCGCUUUUUGGCGUACUGUCGGAAGAUGAGGAAGAAACGAAUAUAAAAAGAUCAAUCAGCCAGUGCAAUACAUAA